AUGGAUAACGAAGAAUUUGAUCUCGAAGACGUUGCUACCCCAAUUGCGACUAUCACUACUCACAACAAAGAAACGUUGUGUUCCAUUAACCUAACUACCAACGAAAGAUGUGUAAUGUUGACUGGACUUCAAAAAAAUCAUUUUGAUGAAUUAUGCAAGUUGAUGAAAUACAAAAACGGAUAUUACAGUGUAAACAGAGAAAGUGAAGUUGAAAGAACUAUUGGAAAGUUCACAGGCACAAUACCAAACACUAAAGUAGUCACUCUUAACAAGAAAAACCAACUCACUUAUGAAGAUCUGCUACUAUUGUUACUUACUCAAUUACAUGGUGAUUACACGUAA